UCAGACAGAGUUUCCCAGUUUCUGCCAUGUUGACUUUCUCUUGCUGGAAAGCUAAGCUUAUAUAGACAGCAUAAGUAUGCACUAAUGUAAUUCAAUGUUCACAUCAUAGGUUGAAUUCGACAGCGAAAUUAUGUACUCAAGAAUUUUGGCGGUGGUGUGGGCGGACAUAUUAGCAGGGUAUGCUCUGUGGAUGCUGAUGAUAUACUUAACUGAUGUGUGGAAGCUUAAGCUGACACAUGCUGCUGGAAUUGUCAAUGUGUUUCUGGGGUUGGUCGGAGUGAUCCCUUUUGUGCUCCAGUUCAUUGUGGACAGUUUUCUUGGCAAUUUCUGGAUUCUCCUUGCUUCCUCUCUCUCCUAUUGCGCAGGAAUGGGAAUUCUUACAAUGUCAACUCCGCCCGUCCUAGCAGACGCCCUUCGUACGUGCAACGCCAAUGUGCCUGAAUGCAUCAGCAACACCCACCGUAUGCUCUUUUUUGCUGCAGUAGUUCUAAUAGCAGUCGGGAUAUCAGGUCAUUCUGUUUGUCUUGGGAGUUUCCUGAUUGAGCAAUCUGUGGAGGUAGGAAUCAUUGAUUUCAGCGGACGGUCACUUUUGACCAUGUUUGCUGGAAACUGGCCGACAUUCGUUUUCACCGUUAUAGUAGCUUUUGCACUUCCUUACAUAAAGCCCUGGUCGCUCCGAUUUGGAAUUCCAGCAAUUUUCAUGGUUUUGGCAACUCUAGUGUUCUUGAGCAGGUCGUGCUCUUACUCACGUGAUAGACCCGAGGGUAGCCCUUUGACGAUCCUCCUCAAGGUAUUUUCUGCUGCAGCCUUCAAGUUAUUUGUUCCGCGACCUCCAAAUUUAAGUCAGUUCCACGGUGUGCCCGAGUACUCCGUCUUAGUACACGAAAUUCCUCCCCUUCGUUGCUGCAGGUGCUUAGAGAAGGCUGCAAUAAUAUUGCCAGAUCAAACUCUAGAGCAACAAGUGCAGAAUCAAUGGAAACUCAGCUCGCUCACUCAAGUCCGUAAUGCUCAAUACAUAAUAUUCAUGAUUCCGUUAGCAAUGGCCUUCGCUCUAUGGGGCCUGAUAUCAUCUCUUUCCUAUACUUACUUUGUUGAGCAAGCGAAAACUAUGAAUCGCAAGGUAGGAAGCCUUACCGUACCUAUUACAAUCCUCCUCUGGUCCUGGGCUCAAGGAAGACGACUAUUUCCCCGACUUAUAUGUUCCUUAUGGUACGCUCCCGUAACAGGCAUUACAAUGUCAAUGAUACUUGGCGUGGUGUGUUGCAUUACUGCUGGCAGUGUUGAGUCCCGGAGACUUGACAUGGUUAAAAAACAUGAUUUACUGCAUAAACCUGAUGCAGAAGUCCCGAUGAGUGUUUUCUGGCUCGUUCCACAGUUUGUGCUUCUUGGUGCAGUAGACGGCCUUUUGGAGUUCAGCACAGCUGCUAUUCUCCUGAACAAAUUUGUUUUCUCUUGGUGGAAAUUCAUGCUCACUUUUAUCAAUCUGGUGCAUGGUUUGGGAUGUUUCGGGAGCGUCCUGAUUGUGUACAUUGCUGGAGGGCUGAGCGAUGGAGAGGGACACUCAGGCUGGUUUCAGGACAGCCUGAACGAAAGUCGACUCGACAAGUACUAUUGGAUGCUGGCAUGGUUGAUAGCCUGUAAUGUUGUCCCAUACUGGAUGUUGACAUGCUGGUAUUCUUAUAUGAAUCAGAAAGAACAAAUUGAUCCUGGAGAGACUCAACCUUUUUGUUGCUGCUGCUGUUAGGCAAUCUCCCAUUUUUGUGAUUGCAUUCUGUAAAUCAAGGAUAAGUCUUUUGUAUCAUCUAUAAUUGGUUUCCAUCAAUAAGAAUGUGGACCUUCCAGCAA